ACUACUUUGGUUCAAGUCUCCAAUAUUUCAGAUAGGAGCUACAUUUAGUGAGUCCUUCUUUUCUUGACUGCCACUCUCUCCAUGUUUCCAUCCUUUUCAGGCUUCAUGUUGGUCCUGCAGGUGUCUGAGACCCCCCGGACAGCAGCUCUGAUGAUGUUACUGAUGGUACUGCUCGACCCUGUGGUCCAGGGCAGGACUACUCCAGAGAACUACGUGUUACAGGUGCGGGAUGAGUGCUACGCGCUUAAGGGGACACAGCGCUUGGUGGAGAGACACAUCUACAACAGGCAGGAGUUCCUGCGCUUCGACAGCGACGUGGGGGAGUUCCAGGCGGUGACGGAGCUGGGGCGGCCGGAAGCCGCGUACUGGAACAACCAGAAGGACAUCCUGGAGCAAAAGCGGGCCGAGGUGGACAGGGUGUGCAGACACAACUACGAGCUGGACGAGGCUGUCACCCUGAAGCGCCAAGUCCAGCCUAAAGUGAACGUCUCCCCCUCCAAGAAAGGGUCCCUGCAGCACCACAACCUGCUUGUCUGCCACGUGACAGAUUUCUAUCCAGGCAACAUCCAAGUCCGAUGGUUCCUCAAUGGACAGGAGGAAACAGCUGGGGUUGUGUCCACCAACCCGAUUCGUAAUGGAGAUUGGACCUUCCAGAUCCUGGUGAUGCUGGAAAUGACCCCCCAGCAGGGAGAUGUUUACACUUGCCAAGUGGAGCACCCCAGCCUGGACAGUCCUGUCACUGUGGAGUGGAAGGCACAAUCUGAUUCUGCCCGGAGCAAGACACUGGCAGGAGCUGGGGCCUUUGUGCUGGGGCUCAUCACCUUCGGAGUGGGCCUCUUCAUGUACAGGAGGAGCAAGAAAGUUCAGCGAGGAUCUCUCUAAACAGGGUCCCUAAUGUAAUGUAAGAAACUACAUGUGCCUUGGAACAAGCAUUUUUCUAUGUUUCUUUAGUCCCAGAGGCUGGCUCUGGGACAGACCGCCAGCUACCCCAGAGGAAGUUGCUACCAAGUACUCUGCUACCAGAGUAAUUGCUCUGAAGCCAGUUCCUUCUGUUCUGCUCUUCCAGUCAAUGCACCGUGUAUCUCAUGCGGCUUCCAACCCAGUUCCCUCUCCUUAGCUCCAUAAACAAUAAAAACUAAACAUUA